UUUAUUCUUGAGAAUGAGAGGCUCGUCCUGGAUCUUCUUCUCGGCCUUUUCCUGAACUCGCUUCUUCUUCAAUGCGACCUUUUACUUCGUCUCAUCCUCUCUCUCUCUCUCUCUCUCUCUCUAUCUUGGGAUAGGACUCCGGAGAAAUUUACUGAAAGGGAAAGCAUUUUAUUCAUUGUUCAGGCUACUGUCCUGUCAAAUCCCCUGAGGUUGUGAGUUUCUGGGCAAAGCUCCUAGGAAAAACUUUGAAAUCGAACUCUAUCAUCGGCUAUUAGUUGUUUGCACGAAGGAAGAACUAAUGGCUCUUGGUAGCAAUAUCUUCACAGAGAUUCCCGAGGCACAGUCUGUUGAUAGUGAAUCAUCUACUACUAGCAAUGAAUAUGAGAAUAUUCACCCUGUCAAACUUUUAACAAGUUCUAGUGUCAAAAUUGGCUCAACUUCAACAAGUGGUGUGCAUGAGCUUCUCGAGUGUCCAGUCUGUACAAAUUCAAUGUACCCUCCCAUACAUCAGUGUCCUAACGGGCACACCCUCUGCUCGAGUUGCAAAGUCAGAGUUCAUAAUCACUGCCCAACUUGUCGACAAGAGCUAGGCAAUAUCAGAUGCUUGGCUCUUGAGAAAGUGGCAGAGUCACUUGAUCUCCCCUGUAAAUAUCAAAGCCUUGGGUGCUCUGAGAUAUUCCCUUACUACAGCAAAUUGAAGCAUGAGCAGCUCUGCCGGUUCCGGCCCUACAAUUGUCCGUAUGCGGGGUCUGAAUGCUUGGUUACCGGUGACAUUCCCAUGCUCGUUGCUCACUUAAAAAAUGAUCAUAAAGUGGACAUGCAUGAUGGUUGCACUUUUAACCACCGUUAUGUGAAAUCCAACCCUCAUGAAGUUGAAAAUGCAACGUGGAUGCUCACUGUUUUCAAUUGUUUUGGCCAUCAUUUCUGCCUUCAUUUUGAGGCCUUCCUCUUAGGUGUGACGCCAGUGUACAUGGCAUUCUUAAGAUUUAUGGGUGAUGAAAAUGAGGCGAAGAAUUUCAGUUACAGCUUGGAAGUGGGCGGUAAUGGCCGAAAGCUAAUAUGGCAGGGUGUCCCGAGGAGCAUAAGAGAUAGCCACAAAAAGGUUCGUGAUAGUUACGAUGGGCUUGUCAUCCAUCGCAGCAUGGCCUUGUUUUUUUCCAAUGGCAAUCGGCAGGAGCUGAAGCUUCGGGUGACUGGUCGAAUUUGGAGAGAACAAUGAUUUUUCUUAGCCUUAACUGGUAUUGUGAUGUAUUAAACUCCUGCUGUACUUGUUCAUCAAAGAAAUGGUAUGUUUACUAAAAACAUUGCAGAAAAGAACAUGUGAUGUUACUAUGGAAACCAUUGUGAUGAUUUUAGAGGAAUGAAAACUAAGAUUGUUGUUGCA